AUGAGAAGGCACACUUCCCUCAAGUCUCAAACUUCUCUCCGCCCCAUGAAACGCUCCUCCUCCUCCUCCCCGGCCGCGGCGGCGGUCGAGUUCCCGACGUCGCCGCAGUCGGCCUCGGGAGACGGGAUGCUGCAUUACGCCCACUCCGAGCACCCGUUGCUCCAAGUCACUCUCCCGGAGCUCUUCACGUGCGGCGGCUGCAAGGAGUACGGCGCAGGCCGGAGGUUUGCGUGCGCGCAGUGCGACUUCCAGCUGCACGACUUCUGCGCCGCCUCCCCUCCCGUCUUGAACAGCCACCCGUUCCACGGCCAGCACCAGCUCGUUUUCCACGCCAAAUCAAAAACGGCAAAAGGCGGGAUUUCGUGGCCGAGGUGCGACGUCUGCGGAAAGUCGAGCAAAGGGUUUGCCUUCCGAUGCAGAGCCUGCAGCUUCCAGAUGCACCCGUGCUGUGCCAUGCUGACGACGGAGGUUCGGUUCCCGGCUCACCCGCACCCCCUGAGGCUGCUGCCGGCCGGCAACGCGGCGUGCGGGGAGUGCAACAAGAAGAGAUCGGGAAGGGUGUAUCGGUGCACCGUGUGCGAAUACCAUCUCCACGCGGUGUGCGCCAAGGUUUUCAUCAACGGCCUCCAGGCCAACGGCAUACCUACGCCUGACAAGCCUAGCCCCCUGGGAACUGCAGCCCGUCUCGCGGGCCAGGUGGUCAUAGAGUUCAUCGGAGGCCUCAUCGAGGGGCUCGGAGAAGGGAUGGGAGAAGCCCUGGUUCAGAACAUGGUAAGAGGAAGGUGUGUUAGCAGAAGAAGGAUACAGCAACCAUGA